UCUGAGCUUACCUUAGGUCUAGCUGGUCUAGGUAUUAAUUCAACUUUACUCUUAACGUCACCAUCCCAACAAGAUCGGCAACAAAAAGGAAUAAGCAUGUUUGAAGAACUUCUCGAGACCUGCAAGAAGCUCAAAGGAUCUCAGACUUCAUUGCGGGAGAUUCGCGAGGAUAUUUUACAGCUUGUCCCCAAUGGAUGCACCGCGCAAGAUCUAAAGAAUUUCCUAUCAGCAAGCAAAGAUGAAUUGGAUCACGUCGCCGUACUCCUAGCCGCAUAUGCUGCGACGCUCAAGAUCAGCAAAGACGCCGAGGGGCGGCAGGAUCGUAUCGACCAAGAUAACAACUUGGACGAUACGCUCCGCGACGUCGCCGACGUCAUUAGCUCCCUCAUCCUGCCCAUCCGCUCUUGCGACUCGCUAGACGAAGACGAGACAGACUACAGCGCCCUCCAGCGCAAAGGCGAGCUAGGCCUCCUAGCCCUAGAUGCCCUCACCAAAACCCCUUCCAAACCAGCCCCCCUCCAGCUCCCUCACCCAGUGCUGCUCCGCGUAACCGCGUUCACCAACGCCGCAGACCCCUGGACAACAGCAGAAUCGCGCAGCCUUUCCCACUCCCUCCUCGAGGCCCAGCUGCAGCAACUAGGCGAUUCCCAAACGCGGGCCUUCAUCGCCGAGGAUAUCCUGACCAGCUUCCUCCGCCCGCUAUUCUCCAAGUCCCGCCCGGCGGCGAUCACCGCGUCCGGGCGCAAGGCCGAAUUCGUCGAGCCGUCGCGGUACGACGGCGCCUCCCGGGAAUCGCCCGAGACGAAGCCCUGGAAGUACGCUCACCGGUACGCCGUGACGGUCUUCGCGUGGGCUGUGGAGCGUGCGGAUUCCACUCUCUUACAAGCCCAUUGGCCGCUCUUCACCCCCGUACUACUUACCCUAAUCGACGAACCGGGCCCCAGCGCCUUCAAGGUACGCGCUCUAGGUAUACUUCGCGCCUUUUGGGCGCGCUGUCCUGCGGGACUGAUGCGGGAUACGGGGCUGGGCGAAGUAUUCGAACAGGCCGUGUUCCCUGCAGUCCUGUACCUACCAAGCUUAACGCCCGAAGAUGAAUCUCUGGAUAUUCUCGGCGCCGCGUACCCCGUGCUAAUCGAGAUGGCCGGUCUCGCCGUCGAUCGGCCAUUAGUAACAGCGGGUGCGAUCACGGCACAAGAGCAGCAGACGCAGAAAUCAACACACCAAAUCACUGAAGCACAGCGGAGGCUACUAGACAAGAUUAUCAGAGAGGGCAUCAUGAUCGGGUAUCACCACGCAAAAGAGCACGUGCGACUCGUGGGCCUAUUCUGCGAGACGCUCGUCUGUAUUAUAAAUGGGAUGGGUAUACUAGCCGUGAAACACCUAAAGGAUUUCAUCCCCAUGCUCUCCGAAGUCAUGAUCGACCCUUUUGGCACCAAACACCCUCCAACUCUCUCCUCGGCCACCAACCUCCUGCAGGCUAUCCUACGAAACUGCUGGCCCAGGAUCCAGCACUACUGCAACGAGGUCAUCAAGAUGAUCAUGUUAUGCUGGCUGAACAUCGAAGACGAAGAGUCACUUCCGCCCAAUAGCCCCAUCGCGAACGACUUAAAGUCCCGUCUAACCCAAACCGCUAACAUGCUGUCUGCAAUAAUGAAAGCAGCCCAGAUUGAUUUUAGACAACGCGUCGACCCACUAAUUGAAAAGGAACCUCAAUUAAAAGAGCUCUUCGGAGGGAUGAACUCAUAGCGCAAAAAAGGACGCAUUAGGAAGACACCAAAAACUCG